AUGGCUGACGAAUCACGUGAUAUUAGUGGCCAUGAGCAACUAUCCAUUGUUAUUCGUGUAGUAAUUGAUUCACCUGAUACAAAAGCUGAUCUUGUUAAAGAGUAUUUUAUGAGACUUAUACGUUUACAUGAGUUUGAUGCGAAAAGUUUAUCAUUGAAAAUUGUUGAAUUUUUGGAGCAGUGCAACAUUAAAUUAGAUUCAUGUAUUGCUCAAUGUUACGACGGGGCAAGCGUAAUGUCGGGUAAAUCUGCAGGUUUACAAACAAUUAUGCGCGAAGAAUAUAUGCCAAAAGGUGUAUAUAUCCAUUGUUGCACACAUAGAUUAAAUUUGGUGAUUGUUGAUGUGUGCAAAGUGGUGAAUUAUAUUGGUGAAUUUUAUUCGAUCAUGUCUUCAAUCUAUCCGUUUUUUAUAUGUUCUGGUGUUGCAAAUGAAUAUUUUCUUGAUGCACAACAAAAAUUAAAACUAGAAACAACACAAUUAAAAUUGUGGUCUGAUAUCAGAUGGGAUUUCAGGUGGGAUUCGAUUGAUGCAUUAAUUAGGAAUUACUCAGCUUUUGUUCAAACUUUUGAUGAUAUUAUUGAAGAAGAAGAUACACGUUCAAUUAAUGCUAGUGGCCUGCUUAUUGCUGUUAAAGAACCAAUUUUUGUUGUGACAUUAUUUGUUUUAUAUAAAUUAAUGGGUCCGAUUAAGAUCUUAUCAAAUCAACUUAAAAGUGCGACAAUUGAUUAUGGCAAAGCUCAUAAUUUGAUUUCAACUAUUAUUAAAGAAAUUCAAAAUUGUCUUAAAAAAUAUGAUAUUGAUUUAAAACAAAAAAGAAGAAGAGGUCGAGUACGAACAAUAUCUGCUCGUUUUUAUAAUUCAAUUAUUACAAGUACUAUUGGUCAUCGAGAUGAUGACAAUAAUGAUGAACAUCGAUUUCGAGCAAGCAUAGUUUAUCCUUUGAUUGAUAGUAUAUUGAUCGAAUUGGAUGACAAAUUCUCGAAUACAAAUUUGGAUCUAUUGAAAAGUUUAGCAGCUAUGUAUCAAGAAAGUGAACAAUUUUUAGAAUUUAAAUCAUUAUGUUCAUUAGCUGAUCAUUUAAAUUGUGAUCUGAACUAG